AGCAGGCCCAACCCAGAACGUGGGCGAGCUCCCUUCAGCAUCCUUGGGCGGAAAGAGGGAUGGGGGCUCUGCUGCAGAGGCAGAAUCCGCGCCGCUCCCUCCUUCCUUCCCCCCACCAGCCUGCGACAACCCCGGCCAGGGGCGGGGGCUUCCGCACAAGCCUGGCGUCCACUUCCUGGAUAAGGACUCCCUGGCCCACUCCGGACCAUGGCUGGGGCGGCCUCCCAGGCGCUCACUCCGCUGGCACCCCACCGGAAAACACGUCUCCGGCCUGCCCCCUCCCCCAAAGCACGACCACUCCGCCCGGGCCCCUCGAGGAUCCACUCAGGCGCCGCUCCGCCCCGGUCCCAGCGGUGCUUCCGUGGUCGGCGGCUGCUGGGCUCCGCGCCGGGGUCCAAGCCCCACGAAGCCCCGGCCCGAGCCGUCGGAUGCCCGCGCGCAGCGGGGCCCAGUUUUCCCGAAGGAUGGGGCAAAAGAAGCAGCAACCAGCCAGAGCAGGGCAGCCACACAGCUCAUCCGACGCAGCCCAGGCACCUGCAGAGCAGCCACACAGCUCGUCCGAGGCAGCCCAGGCACCUUGCCCCAGGGAGCCCUGCUUGGGACCGCCCACCACUCCGGGCCCAUGCCGCAGCAUCUAUUUCUCAAGCCCAAAGGGCCACCUUACCCGACUGGGGUUGGAGUUUUUCGACCAGCCGGCAGUCCCCCUGGCCCGGGCAUUUCUGGGACAGGUCCUAGUCCGGCGACUUCCUAAUGGCACAGAACUCCGAGGCCGCAUCGUGGAGACUGAGGCAUACCUGGGGCCAGAGGAUGAAGCUGCCCACUCAAGGGGUGGCCGGCAGACCCCCCGCAACCGAGGCAUGUUCAUGAAGCCGGGGACCCUGUACGUGUACAUCAUUUAUGGAAUGUACUUCUGCAUGAACAUCUCCAGCCAGGGGGACGGGGCUUGCGUCUUGCUGCGAGCACUGGAACCCCUGGAAGGUCUGGAGACCAUGCGUCAGCUUCGCAGCACCCUCCGGAAAGGCACCGCCAGCCGUGUCCUCAAGGACCGUGAGCUCUGCAGUGGCCCCUCCAAGCUGUGCCAGGCCCUGGCCAUCAACAAGAGCUUUGACCAGAGGGACCUGGCACAGGAUGAAGCUGUAUGGCUGGAGCGUGGUCCCCUGGAGCCCAGUGAGCCGGCUGUAGUGGCAGCAGCCCGGGUGGGCGUCGGCCAUGCAGGGGAGUGGGCCCGGAAACCCCUCCGCUUCUAUGUCCGGGGCAGCCCCUGGGUCAGUGUGGUCGACAGAGUGGCUGAGCAGGACACACAGGCCUGAGCAAAGGGCCUGCCCAGACAAGAUUUUUUAAUUGUUUAAAAACCAAAUAAAUGUUUUAUUUCUAGAAAA